CUCGUUUUGUACACAGGCAACAGUACACAAUUUCACGCUUCAAAGCCAAAGUUACACUUUUUCCCCUUUUCGGGAAAUUACCCACCGAGAAUCGGGAUUUUAAUUUAACACCCACUGAGCCGAAAAGUUUGUAGCCCGUUUGCCGGCCGUCACAUAGGGCCCGACUGCCCUUUGUGUGUGUGUGCACUGUCAAACCGGACCGAAACGGUCGCGUAGAACCGAUUGUGACCCGAGCGGUUGACAGUUUCGCUUGGUCGCGGUGACAGUUCGGUCGCGGUUACGGUUCGCUACUUUACAACAACCGCAGGUAGAGGCACGCAAGGUUCCGCUCUGUUGUUGGUCGGUCCGGGUCCGGUUACGGAUUGUUGGUUGCUGCUAGCGAGUGUUGCUGCAACAACCGCCACACUUGCUCCACACCUGCUGAGCGCGGGCACAACGUCAACAAACGUCACGAGCAAGCAAGCAGGCAAACAAACAAACGCUACAAAAAACACACACACACACAGAGCGAAAGGCACACGAUGCCGCGGAAAAACAAACCGCCGGGCAUCAAGCUGAAGCUGGACGGCGAUCUUGGUGCGGGCGGCGGCGGCAGCACGGUGCCGGACAGUGCCGAGGGGGCGACCCCGCGCAACCUGGACAAGCGCGGCACGCUCACGGUCGGCGAGCGGUCGUUCGUGGUCGAGGCGGACCAUCUGCGCAAGCUGGCGGAUCUGGGCCGGGGGGCGUACGGCAUCGUGGAGAAGAUGCUGCACCAGCCGUCCGGCACGGUGAUGGCGGUCAAGCGCAUCACGGUGACGAGCGGGAUGGGGGCGGGCGGCGGCCCGGGUGGUGGCGUUCAGUCGCAGGAGCAGAAGCGCCUGCUGAUGGACCUGGACGUGUCGAUGCGGGCGAGCGACUGCCGCCACACGGUCCAGUUCUACGGGGCGCUGUUCCGCGAGGGCGACGUGUGGAUCUGCAUGGAGGUGAUGGACACGAGCGUGGACAAGUUCUACCCGGUGGUGUACAAGCGCCCCGGGCGCACCAUCCCGGAGUACAUCCUGCGCCAGAUAGCGCUCGCGAUCGUGCGCGCCCUGCACUACCUGCACACCGAGCUGCGCGUCAUCCACCGGGACGUGAAGCCGUCGAACGUGCUGAUGAACCGGCGGGGCGAGGUGAAGAUGUGCGACUUCGGUAUCUCUGGCUAUCUGGUUGACUCGGUGGCGAAGACGAUCGACGCGGGCUGCAAACCGUACAUGGCGCCGGAGCGGAUCGAUCCGGGCUCGGGCAGCCGGACCGCCGGCUACGACAUCAAGUCGGACGUCUGGUCGCUCGGCAUCACGAUGGUGGAGAUCGCGACCGGCCGCUUCCCGUACGCGACCUGGCGGACGCCGUUCGAGCAGCUCAAGCAGGUGGUGAAGGACGAUCCGCCCCGGCUGCCCAAGUCGGCCCACCCGGACGCGGACGAGUUCAGCCCGGAGUUUCACGCGUUCAUCGUCAGCUGCCUGCAGAAGAAGUACCAGCUGCGGGCGAACUACGAGCAUCUGCUCGCGACCGACUUCCUCGGCCUGUACACCGCCGACGCCGAGCGGGCGGACAACGCGCUGAUGGCGCAGUACGUGUGCGCGAUACUGGACGAGCGGGAUGGUGUGGUGGCGCCGGGCGCCGGCCCCACCGAUGCCGCAGCCGGCUCCGGGGGUGGCGGUGAGCCCGCGAACGACUGACUCGCGUGUAAAUAGCGCACAGACACACCCACAUACAUACAAUCACACACACACACACACACGUACACACGCACAUCGUUGGAUUGUUUAAUGUUAUUGUAUUUUUUUGAAACUAAGGUAAACCAACAUUGAAAAUCGAAGCAAAAAAACAGGAGAGAAGGAAGAAAAAAAUGCCACUCAAACACACCGUUAACACACACAAACACACACACACACACACACACACACACACACACACACACACACACACACACACACACACACACAAACACACACUUACAGAAAACGAAGAAAAAUCUGUAGCAAACGAGCUAGAGAAAUAGAGGGAAAGAGAGAGAGAGAGAGAGAGAGAGAGAGAGAGAGAGAGAGAGAGA